UGUGAUCUGGCACAGAGGCGGGAGGGGAGCACAACACACAAGUCCUGGAGGAGGUUGGAGCCAAAAGCACUCCGCUGCCCGACUUUCAUCGACAUUCUUCCGUCUGUCCGUCCCGCAGAGCACAGCCAAACGUUCACGGUGCGUAAUUACGCACGGAGACGACGGAUCCGCGGUGUUGCUCGCCGUGGAAACCCGCGGACAAAGGAAGGCAGGCAGGCUGGAGUACAACAACUGACUUGAGCGGAGAGGAGUACUGUUGGAGGGGGAACCGGGGAAUCUGGAGUCGGAAGUGAUUUGUCUUUUUUUUUUUUUUUUUUUUAGCAAUGUGACUUAACGACAGGAUUUCAGGAAAGAAAAGGAUCGUUUUGGAGACAGAAGGAAAAAGAACAAAAAGAGAAAGUGAUCUGUCCCAAAAACAGCAUCCAGAUCCUCGGAGCAUGGGAGGAGUUGUCUGCGAGCUGUAAAAUGUACCCGCUACACCGAGAGAGGGAGCAGCCCAUCUUCAGCGCCAGAGCUCAUGUCUUCCAGAUCGACCCGGCCACCAAACGCAACUGGCUGCCGGCCAGCAAACACGCCGUCACCGUGUCCUUCUUCUACGAUGCCAGCCGCAGCGUCUACCGCAUCAUCAGCGUGGGCGGGACCAAGGCCAUCAUUAACAGCACCAUCACCCCCAACAUGACUUUCACCAAAACCUCCCAGAAGUUUGGCCAGUGGGCCGACAGCCGGGCCAACACCGUCUACGGUCUGGGUUUCUCCACAGAGCAGCAGCUGCAGCAGUUUGCAGAGCAGUUUAAGGAGGUGAAGGAAGCAGCCCGUCUGGCCAGAGAGAAAUCCCAGGAGAGGUUUGAAUUGGCCAACCCUGGACUCAACAUUGCAGCGCCACAGCUCUCGCAGGAGCUGUCAGAGGAACGUCAUUCUCCACCGCUGCUGACAGUCAAUGGUCCCGGGGAGGAGAAGCUGUUUCGCAGUAAGAGUGCUGAAGUGGAGCUGACGGCGGAGAAGGAGAGGGUCAAGAAGAUGCUGUCUGAAGGGUCCAUGUGUGAAAUAAAUCUGGAGGCUGAACUCUUCACUCUGCAGGACAGCAAUGCCAAGCUGGUGGAAGCUCUGCAGGAAGCAAACAGCAGCGUGGAGCAGUGGAAGAAACAGCUGGCAGAGUACCAGGAAGAGACCGAUCGCCUCCGAGACCAGGUGGCAGAGUUGGAGGCCCAGCUGGGGCAUCCUGCGGCUGGUCAGCCUGGUAAAGAGGAGCUGAGUCGGUCACUGGAGGAGCUGGAAGCCCUGCUGAGCGCCAAAGACCAGGAAAUUCACAGUCUACAGAGCAAGAAAACAGAUGUGGGUGAGCUGGAGAAGGAGCGAGCAGAGGCCAUGCAGAGACUCCAGGAUCUGGAGAGACGAAACACUGAGCUGGAGGAUCGGGUUCAGAGCGCUGAAAAAACACUGGCCUCCAACCAGGAGGAGCAAGAGCAGGCGGAGGUUGAAGUCCGACGCAUUAUUGAGGUUCUCGACAUCAAAAUCGGUGACCUGAACAACCUGAGGGAGAACCUGGCGAAGCUGGUCGAUAAGUAACCACAGCAGGAGUUUGGGUGCAUCUCCACAGUCAGUGCUUGUUUCCUCUAUGUGGUUUUGAUUGAUGUUUAACUGAUGUAACAUCAAGAUCGAAGCAAUACGGAGGAAAACGCACUGAAGUCUACCUUCAUUCAUCUUUUUCUUUGAGAUCAGUGCAGGUAAACAGCAACUAUUAGAAACCUCUUAAAGGUGCUAUGUGCAGAAUAAAUCAUGUGCACAUUAACAUUACAACCUUGGGAUGAUUAUGAUGAACGGUUGACAUUAUGGUGUAGUCAUUUCAGUCACAAUUUCACACCAGGUUUUUACUCUUUUCACCACUGACCAUCACCAGACUGCAAACAAAAGGAUGGAUGUAGCCAUUGUGUCAUGACCCGUUGGUUUGUAAACUACUGCUUUGAAGCAUUGAGGUUGAAAUUUGACUUAAAAGCAAACAGUGGUUCUGACUGAACUCGAGGACACUCCAUACAGUAACCUGCCAAUCACAAGAUAGCCACACACCCCAAACAUACCCUGCUUUACUGUCUGUUUUACUAUUAAUGGAACCAUAAGUCACAAAAGGAACAUCAUGUUGUAUUCGAAAAGUCUUGAAACUACUGAUUGAGACCAUAAACUAAUUGAAAAAAUAUUUAAUAGGAUAACGGAUCAAGUGAGAAGCAGGGUCUUUUUCUCAUACACAUUGAUACAAUCUGAUUUUUGCAACCAGAGGAGUCGCCCCCUGCUGGCCAUUAAUAGUAAUGCAGGUUGAAGGCAUUUCCACAUUGUCUUCACUUUGCAGGUCCAGAGGCGACAUCCACUCCUUUUAUACAGUCUGUAACCAUCCCUGACAACUCUGAAACCUUUAGAUACAUUUGCUCUGGAGGAACAGCGCCCUCCUCCUCACUUUGGUGCCACAGCAGUCAUGUGUACUUGAUCUGGGGAUUUAUGAUGUAAAAUCCAGAGCACAGGCUGUCUAAUUUGGCAGUCUGAUUUGUUUACAGUAAUAUUGUAAUAUGUCCCAAAAUGGAAGAAGUGGUGGUUUAUUCAUCGCAAAUAAUACAAUGCACCUUUACAAGAGCAUCUUUAAUCUUGAAAGAAGCUUGAUAUUUUGCAAUGUUGAAGAUUUCUAAGAGGCAUCAAAGAAUUUGUUUGUUUCAGUUAUAUGUGAUCUGUAUUUAACUAAGUGUGGGAAAUCUACUUGUAUUAGUCUAGCCUGACUAAAUAAAGAGGCAAGCGCAGCAGUUGAGCACAGAAAGUAUUAGAAAAAAAUCUCCUGACAGUGUUUUCCAGCAGAGCUAGAAGUCUCAAAUUCUCAGCUUAAAAGCCAGAAGUCCCCAAAUAAUAACACUCUUGUGGGACUAAAGAUUUUAGAUUCUUCUUGUCUCAUGUUGUCAUAAACUCAGUGCUGGAGGGAUGAUAUAUAUAUAAAAAAACUCAAGCCAUACAAGUAUAAACUCUGCUUUUACACAAUAACAGCCUUGCUUAAACACUGUGGAGAUGCACCAAGUAGGAGUGGUCAGGGUCAGGACACAUGGAGGCAAAGACCCCCAAGUAAAGUCAGCUUUGGUUCACCAUCAUCAGCCUGGACUGUCCUCACACCAGCCAGAACGUCAACAAACUCAGAGAUGCAACAACCUGCUCCCAUUCUGUCUUCUGAGGAUCGCCAGCGUACAGCCCUUUUUGUUCAUGUUUUAUAAGGACUGCUCUUUCUCACCACUUAUUCUAUUAUUCAUGUUCAUCGAUGGGUUGCUCACAGUCAGGAUGGGAAGUCGGCAACGGCUACCAGUCAAAAACGCUGCAAAAUCCAAGUUGCAGCUGCUAUGUUGGUCCUCUGCACCGUUCUACUGGACAGGAGGAUCGGCACUAGAAGGACUGGUCCUGAUGUGUCACUGUGGCCUGUUGUUAAGUGUUGCUGCUUUUCCCGCCUUGAUGUUGUUGAGCUGAACCUGAGAUUGCACUUGAUAAUGUUUGUGCCAAAUUUCAUUAUGUUUACAUCUGUCAGUUUUCACAAAAAUGAUCUAGAUCUUCUGUGUACUCUUCUGUUACCAUAAUAGUAAUAAUAGCCCUAAAUGGAGAGAGAGGCUUGGUAGAUUACUAUGAGAGCACUACAUGAGCUCUGCAGAAGCCCCGUACCUGCAGAAGGAUGUGAAGCUGUGUGUGUGCAGGUUACUUAGCAGCGUGCAGCCUCAGACUGCUCGAGUUAAAAAGCACAACUGCAGUAGUUUUAGCAAAUUGGUACUUAAUUGACUUGUCUGUUGGCAUUGUUUGUGAACUUCUGAUGCACAAUAUCUAUUGAUCUUUGCUCCGCAUCCCCUUGAUGAGUUAUUGAUUUCCUCAUGACAGUAAUAUAGGUACAAAUAAGGUGCAGUUCUUUGAACCUGAUGAUGCAGUGGCUGCCAGAAUCAUAACAACUUGUCAAAAUGCGAAAUAUUAUCAUCAUAAACUGCAAUAUAAUGUAGUAGUGCCCUAUUACUGCAUUAACUUGCAGUUAUUGUUAUGUAUGGGUUAUAACAUGUUUAACUUGUGCAGUAGGGUUAACUCAUUUUCAGAUUUUAAUAGAUGCAAUUAAAAUAUUCUCAACACAGCAGUGAUGCUCAAAGCUCAUUUUUACUGCAUUAUGUUGUAGAUCGCAGUAACACUCAGCAUAAACAAUUGAUAUUUCAUCAUUUUGACAAGUUUUGAUGCUAUCUGGGGUUCUGAUUUCAGCUGCUACAUGCAAAUAUCACGAUUAGCAAUAAAAUUUCUAGCAUAGUUGGCUGUGAAUUGUGAAUAUAAGUAAUUUGUCGAUACUGAGAUCACCGUAAAGCCUGUUGUGUUGGCUGUUUUUCCUCAUGGCUUCACCAUAAUAUGACAGAUUACGACGGUUUAUCGAGCAUGAAGAAAAUCCAGAGGCCAUCGGCUCCUCAGCACGAGCUCCAUACGGUUGAUGUCAGAAACACUUGCUUCACAACAGCCUUAUUCCAGUGUUUAUCGACUGCACAAUAACACUGUGUAAAUACAUUAAGGGUAGUUCCUGUCUACAUAAAAGGGGGUGGGGAGGCUGCCCUCUCCUAUCAGGAGUCUGUGGGGUUGGCUGAGAGGACUAAUUUUUCCUAACCCAGACACAUGAAAGUGUUGAUGGUACAGAAUAUGAUCCAAUGUGUUCUAACUUUAUAACAGAAUGUGAACUUAAUCUGCAGUAUUAUUGUGUAGCUGCAGGAUAUUAAAGGAGAAAUCCACCUCAUAUUUCAGACUAUUUGUGGACCCAUUGGUGAUGUAUAUUACUUUCCUUUUUCUCCAUUUAAUUGUUUGGUGUAACAUAAGGAUUCUUUGUGGCUCCAACAACACAUUUUAAAACCGUGCUUUAUGUGUUUGUUUAAAUCAGUUUGUCAUAAAGAGCACAAAACCCUCAUGAUCCUUAUGCACCAAAAUAAAUUCUGAGAAACAUAGGAGACAGUAGACGCUGGUCGAGAGACAUUAUUCACAACGCAAGGAGAAACAUAUUUUUAAUAACUGUGGAUUCCUCCUUAAAUACACUGGAAUAAGGACUUGCUAAAACAUCUGUUGCCAGCUAGCAAAGCGAAUGCACUACCAAAGAUGCACCACUGUCGUGCUGACGCCACAUUAACUGGAAUAAACGCACAACCUGUGUAUGAAUGACCCUGAUUUCCAUCUCCAUCAGAUUUUACAAUUUAAGGUUUAACUGCUCGUUAAUCAGUGUCCGAAACAUUUGACCUUUCAGUACGACUCAAGAUACCUCAGUUAGAUCAGGUUAGUUUCACAGCAGUAUUGUGUAACAAGGGGGUAAACUGUUGACUAGUGUUUCACAGGAGUUGGUGAACCUGAGGAGGGCAGAUGUUUUUAUGGGACUUGACGAUGUGAGAUGUGAGUCUCUUAUAUUUGUAUAGAACUGUUUUAAACAUUAAAACUCUGUCAUGCAAAGUCACUGCUGUGCUCUUUGUGUGAUGUCAGGGUGAAAAACUG